CGAGCAACUCAUCCCAUCAAUCUCACGACCCGUGUUCCCAACAAUUGAGUGACCAACCCAACUCCUCGACCCCGACCUCAACCUCUCCCCAUCCUCCAGAGACAAAGAAAGGGAAAUAAAAGCCAUGGGCCUCUUGGACUACUUCCGCAACGAGUCCGACCGGCGCGCCGACGAGGUGCGCUCCGGCGCCGUGGCCCCGUCCCGCACCGAGCGGCAGCGCUGCUACGUGGCCCGCGACGCCUACUUUGCCUGCCUCGACGCGAACGGCAUAGUCGACGCCCUCAAGGACGAGAAGGGCGCCGCCAAGGCCUGCGGUCGCCAGGGCGCCGAGUUUGAGAAGGAUUGCGCCGCCCAGUGGGUUACAUACUUUAAGAAAUGGCGCGUGCAAGAGAUCCAGAAACAGGCGAGACUGAAGGAGUUGGAAGCACAAGGUGCCAACAAGAUGGAUAUCCAGAGUGACUUCUCAAAGCGGUGAGCGGGCGAGAUGUAUGGCGGAUAUGACAGCGUACUAGUAAGAGGAAGAGGUGUGAUGAUAAGUGUGGAACCAUUCACUGUAUAUAAUAUACGGCAUGCAUGACGGCGUUAGGAGGGCAUAAGGGUUAUAUAGGUCGUCACCACUUUUUGACAAACAUCCGGUGCCUCGUGAGGUUCCCGAAACAGACGGACAAAAGGGUGUCUCCCGACACAUGUUGUGCUGGGCGUAUCCACCAUCCAAUAAUGUCUAUAAAGGUAUCUCGGCAGCAGAUAUGUACAAACGUAUUGAACUCC